AACGUCCUCCAGUAGUUCGGCCUCCGAGUCAGUAACGUCCGGAGACACGGCCGUAUUCUCUGCCGCCGGCAGACACUGCAUCUCGUACGCUUCCACAUCCCCAGUGAUCCCUCUUCCUUCUUCACUCAUGGCACGUCACACCGCCAACCUCGCCCACCAACAACCCCGCAGUGCAGUAUUUAUAUAACUACAUGCCCCGCCCAUCAUGGAAAUGAGUAACAAAACGCGCAUGCGCAUACCAGUCACAAACAAUGACGUAACGUCCGUUCUAAAUAAAGCCUCCGAAUUUGUGCUCACUUGUGAAAACUUCUCUUCCAGUAUGGCCGUGGCCGUUCCUCCAUUCGGUAUGGCAGGUUUCACUCAACAGAUAGGAGUCAUAAGGUCACUCACGGACGAUUUCCUUCGAGCUCGGGCGGCCACAAGUCGAUUGCGCGACCACCCGGAAGCUUCUGACUCGGAGGACGUCAGAUGGAGGUCAGGCUCUGAUACAGUGGCCCUGGUGCCAUCCUCUGACAGAGAAGACCCGUCUCAAGUUGCUCUUGUUGUGGCCCCUGAAUGGACGCACUAUCUGGACGAAGUGCAAUACGAAGUCACUCACAUCAAAAAGAGAAUGCAGGAGUUGUGUGUGUUACAGAAGAAGCACUGUGACCGUCCCGGGGUGUUUGACGACGCCGUUGAGGAGGAGCAGGAGGUCGAGAUUCUGACGCAAGAAAUAUCACAGAUGUUCACCAGAGCAAAGAAGGGGCUCCAGGGGAUCUCGAACCAGGCAAGGAACGGGUCUGAGCAGGAGAAGAGGGUGGCAAAGAACGUCACCAGCUCCCUCGCCCUAUCACUACAAGACCUCUCGGUCAACUUCAGGAAGAGCCAGUCGACCUACUUGAAAAGAAUGAAGAGGCGCGAGGAGAGGGUAAUUAGUGGAGAGGUGAAACCCACUGCCCCUCCUCCGUUCUUGGUUGAAGAAGAGGAAGAGCCCGAGGUCCUCUAUGAUAAGGGGUUCACUGACCACCAGCUCUCCAUGGUGGAAUCAACCACAGUCAUAAUAGAGGAGAGAGAGAAAGAAAUCAAAUCCAUCGUACAGUCUAUUUCAGAGAUCAACGAAAUGUAUAGGGACCUAGCCACACUUAUUGUUGACCAGGGCACAAUUCUGGACAGAAUCGACUACAACUUGGAGCAAGUGUCCCACAAGGUGGCGAAGGGCGUGGAGCAGCUGGAGAAGGCAGAGAAGCACCAGAAGAGAUCGAUAAAGAUCAUCGUCAUCCUAGUACUCAUUGUCAUCAUCAUCCUACUCGCCAUCGCACUCGUCCUGUAUAAAUCCCUCACCAGUGGGAAGGGAUUUUUCUAGUUAAUGUGCAUAUUCUGUAAAUCGCUUAUUUAUAUAUAAACAUUGUGAAUGGAGUUUCCUAAAGUUAUAUACCACUACUUAAUUUUAGUUCUGCGGAUAUUCAGUUAUCCAGAAGUUGCCGUAUCUUUAAUUUGCCUUGCAAUCUCGUAACUAUUGUCUUCAAAAAUAAAGUGCUUAUAGUAGUGUGUUAUUGAGGACUAAAUAAUUUAUUAUACUGUGAAUAUGUAUUAUCCAUGACAACUUUAAUAUACACAUAAAUGGUUCAGUGAGAAUGAGAGAGAUGAGUUCACGAAGAAAUGUGGAAUCUGUGAGAAGGUAUAUUAUAUUCCGUCGCGUUACGUCAGAAGCAGACGUUUAUCUACACUCUGAGAACUGCAGUCUCUACCAGCUCUUGAAAAGUGUCCCGGACCAAUGUGACGAACUCUACACCCCCCAGUGUGCCCCUCCCCUUUUCCCUCGCGGCUGCAUUGAGGACAAACGAUGACGUCGACGAGAGACCGACGUUGCAGCUGGCCCGGCUCAGCCCCACAAGCAGCUGCGUCACUUUCUGACAGAGCAGGGGAAAGGUCUGACAGAAUCGCACCAGCGCCGGCAGUAGAGGAGUGAAGUAGUCUUCUCUGAGGUGGGACGGGAUUUCGUUGGCCAGUGCGAGGAGAAAUUUGAGAAUCUCGUCAACUAUGGAGAGGGCUUCGGGAAGUGGGUACUGUUGGACCACAAAUGAGGCGAGGAGGACACCAAAUUGCUGUUUGUCAGUCUGAGGCUGAGUGACCAGCUCCGGGAUGAACUUGAGGCAGAUGUG